CCCGACGGUGAUGGCAUGAGUAACAGACCAUCGCGGGUCGCUGCUACGCUACGACUAAAAAACCGCCCGGGUGUCGAAUAAAAACGAACUUUUUCGGUUAUAAAGAAAGACCAUUUUGUUUCGAGAAUUGAAAUGUGAGAUUUUGAACUUGAUGUGUGUUUUGGGAUUAAUUCAAACCGAAAGUGGAUCGAUUCUUGCGGAUAUCGUUAAGGAAAUGACUCCUUAAUCCACCAACCGAACCAUGGAAAUCUACUCCUACGACCGCCUCCUAAUCUACUUCGCCCUUCUCACAUCCUUCCUGGGAGCCACGUCUACCGUAGACCUCCUGGACCAAUACGUAGAGCACAUCCAACUAGUCAACACCCAACAAGAUGACCCCAGAACUUUCAACACCAAACAGUCCACUACCAGAAGGAAACUGCUGCAAGAACCUUCUGGAAAAGAGACGUCCGAUAUUUUAUGGACCCACUCGAUGAUGCUGGAUAAGAGUGGCUUGGUAACACUAAGAUGGCAACCGAGGCAUCAGGAGAUCUUAUUCAGAGUUGAGGCGAAAACUUUGGGGUAUGUGGGACUGGGGUUUAGUCCUACAGGGAGUAUGGAGGGUGCUGAUAUUGUUAUGGGAUGGGUGGACGAUAAACAGUCGAAAGCCGUUUUGCUGGACUGUCAUGGGGUAUCCAAGAACCAAGGCAGUGCCCCAGUAAGAGACUUAAUAGACAAUUACACCCUGAUGCGUGGCUCCCAGAACGGAACCCACACCGUUAUCGAGUUCCGACGGGUUCUGGAUACGUGCGAUGCGGAUGACUACGUGCUAGCUGGUGAUACGGUACGAGUAAUUUGGGCCCUUCAUGAUCGCGAUCCUAGAUAUCCAGGAGACAUGGUUUACCAUGAAGAAAAACGAGGUGUCCAGAGUGUACACCUCUUUGGACCACCUCCCAGUGCUAAUAUACGAAACGAGUAUGUGAGGAGUUGGGAUGUUGAGCUAAAAAACUUUAAAAUCCCUAGUAAUAUGGACACGAUCUACUGGUGUAAGGUCUUCAAAGCUCCCACGUUCAACGAGAAACACCAUAUCACAGGGUAUGAACCGAUCAUAGGCAAGAAUCACAGUGAUAUGGUGCAUCACAUGAUCAUGCACGAAUGUGAACUGGACGAGGGAGCAAACUUGGCAGUAUGGGAGGGUUUCGCCAAGGGAGAAGGCAGAAGUUGCUACAAUAACAUGCCGGUAGAGUGGGAAAAGUGUUUGACACCUUUAAUCGCUUGGGGUAUCGGAUCCAGAGGUGAGAAUUUUCCCAAUCACGUUGGCCUACCUUUGGCGAGGAAGAAAAAUUCGUAUUAUAUGCUCGAGGUGCAUUUUGAUAAUCCACAAAUGAGGACGGCCAUUGGUACGUCUGGAUUAAGGUUACACUACACCAAUAAGCUACGUGAAAACGAGGGUGGGAUUCUUAUAACCGGGGUGGCACCGUCCACCCUACAUUUCAUCCCACCCUAUCAGGCCGAAUACAAAACGGCCGGGUACUGUAGCCUGGACUGCACAAGAGAAGUUUUUCCUAAAGAUGGUAUUAAUGUGGUGUCUGUUAUGCUACACUCGCAUCUUGCCGGUAGGAAACUGAAGUUGAGGCAUAUUAGGGCCGGGAAGGAACUACCCCCGCUUGCUGAAGACAACCACUACGACUUCAACUAUCAACAAUCCAGAGCCCUAUCCCAGGACACCACCAUUCUUCCCGGAGACGGUUUGAUCACCGAAUGCACCUAUUCUACUUUAGGUCGUACCAGACCCACCUUAGGAGGUUACUCUACUAGAGAAGAAAUGUGCCUUUCCUUCGUCAUGUAUUACCCCAGGACCGAACUGGCUGGAUGCUACUCCAUCCCACCUGUAAAGUACUUCUUUAAGAAUUUAGGGGUCAGCGAGUUUUAUGGCAAAAAUAUGACCGAAGUGGAAAAGGCUUUGUUAGAGGGAAAAAUAGAUUCUGAGACUAUUGUGCCCAGUACAGAGAAACCCUUUGAGACUAGUCCCGGGGACGAGAUGUCUCCCGAGGCCAACCUGAGGGCCAUUAUGGCCCUAAGAAAUGCCAAAGAAUACAGUAUAGAUGGUGAAAGUGUCGAGAAUAGUGUGUUUGAAAAGCUAAUCAUUAAAGAGCCGCAGGAGUUCAGCAACAAAUCGUUUAUGCAACACUUGCAGGAUAUACCGUACAACGAGACCAUUUUAACCAAGAAUAUCGAGGAGUAUUUUUAUAGCGGUUUGCAUAUGACCUUUUGCAGGAAACGGGACGACACUUUGGCUAUAAAAGAAAACAUCGAGCGCCUCCCGGUUUUCCAGCCGUUCGAAUAUAAAGAAAACAUCCAGUGCAGCUACAAGUCGAAACGCGCUUUUCCGUCUAGUGCACCUGGAAAAUUGAACAAUUUCCCCGUUAAGCUUCUCUUAAGUCUCUUAUUUAUUUUAUGGCACACGAUUAAUUAUUAAGGCACAUUAGUCUUUGCGGAAAUACUACCUGGAAGCUAAUUAACGCCCAUCAUGCUUAAGAAAACGUUUUAUGAAUUUAGGUUUGCUACUUAAUUUUCCCUGUUUGUCAAUUUGUAUUAUGUAAAUGUUUGUUUUUAUUUUUCGUUUAUACGGGGUGCUUUUUUAAGUGGUAACACCCCGUAUAAUUUUGUAUCAUAGGCCUUAAAUAGGUUUUAUUUAUUUUCCAUGUAUUUUAUUUAUUUUUUUUCCUGUAUAUAUAUAUAUAUAUAUAACAGUUUUGUACAUAGAUUAUAUUUUUAGGUCGGUUUACCAAAAAAUAUUUUAUUUUUUUACUUAAAUGCUGUGAGUAUUUUUAUAUAAUAUGAUGGCUUUUGUGAGUGAAACUUGUGUAUUUAAUUUUAUAAGCAGUAAAGAGGAUGAACACAUGGAGGA